AUGUCUAAUACAAAGCCGUCACCUCCGCUUCCACCUCCACAGGUCAUAGCCCAACCUUCGGAAUUUAAAUGGAAGCAUGUUCGUAUGCUAAAUGACGCCUCAUUGGCGUACCAACUGCCGCUAGCAGUCAUUGCUCAUAUCGAUCUCAAUGCGUUUUUCGCUCAAUGUGAGCAGAUGCGUCUAGGUAAGCUUAUAUCUGACCCAGUUGUCUGUUGUCAAUGGCUGUCGCUCAUCGCCAUUUCAUAUGCUGCACGGAAGUAUGGAAUUGGCCGCAUGGACACAUUGAAAAGCGCCCAAGAGAAGUGUCCUGGGCUUAUUGUCGGUCAUGCGGCGGUAUUCAAAAAGGGCGAGUCUCAUUGGCAGUAUUUAGAUAAGAAACCAGACCAAGGUAUACAUAAGGUCUCCUUGGAUCCAUAUCGGCGAGAGCUGAGGAAGAUCAUCAAGAUCCUCAAGCGAGAAUGCGAUCUUGUUGAGAAAGCAAGCGUGGACGAAUGCUACUUGGACUUUGGAAGACUCGUGUAUAGUCGACUACUUGCUUUAUUCCCGGAACUACAGAACUUGCAGCCAGACGCUACUCUACCGUCAGUUCCAGCCGAGUUGCCUGCUGAUUUACACUGGAUCGGCGAAAUAAUGCCAACAUUCACCGAAGAGAAGGAGCAACUCGAGGCUAAAGCGCUGAAUUCUGUCGUAAACGACACCGAGACCCCAAAUCCCCCGGUUUGUGAUUGGGACGAUGUUUGCAUGCUCAUUGGGUCGCAGAUCAUGUACACGAUAAGAGGUGAGGUGUUUCGAGAGCUCAAAUAUACCACUUCCGGGGGCCUUGCCAGGUCCAAGCCUACAGCAAAGCUCGCAGGAGGAUUCAUUAAACCAGACAUGCAGACAAUUAUCCGGAAUCGACUGACUUAUCAAUUUCUCAAGAACUUUGAGCUUGUGGAUUUCACUCUAAUGGGUGGUAAGGCAGGUGAAGUGGCCAUGGAGAAAUUACAAGUGCCUUCCGAUACCAAUUCCAUAGCCUACAUUCGAGAGAAUUGGGAAUUGCAAGACAUGAAGAAAGAGUUUCCUAAUGAGGAGCUGUUGGCUGAGAAAAUCUAUGAGCUAGUUCGAGGAACCAAUCAAUUACGGUUGAAACUACGCACAGACGUUAAAUCGAUGAUGUCCCGGAAAAAUUUCUUGAGUAGGUAUCCGGUGAAAACCUUGGGUGAUGCCUUUGAUUGGAUAAAGGUUUAUCUGGGAGACUUAUACGGGCGGCUUAUCGAGCUUGACGAUGAGAACAUGAACCUCUCCAUGCUGCAAAAGUCAGAUGGAGAAAAGACGUUUAUUUAUAGACCACGGACUGUUUCACUCCAGAUCACGUCUGCAUCAUAUACAAAGCACUCCAAGCAGACACAGUUUCCCGUGAUACAGAAUUUGGAUAAAUUCAAGACCUCCUUAGAGACCGCUGGUUUCAGGUUACUCUGUGAGUUGCUUGAAACUACUAAUGCGGUGGAGAUGAACCCUACCAUCAAGUUUCGAGAGCUAAGAGUGACUGAUUCUAGACUUAGGGAGAUCAAGAUUCCAACCAUGGCCAAUAUGAGUUUAGUGAUCAGUAACUUUGUUAAAACAUCAGAUGCCAGUCUCAUUGAUUCUUAUGGAAGGGCCAACAGCACAGAUGUAUCUACGCAAGAGGCAAUCAAGCGACUCUUUGAUGAAGUUAACAAGCCUGUUGAAACUGUGGAGGAACCGAAACCAAAGAAGGUCACACGCAGCAGCUCGUAUAUCAAAAAGAUGUUUGCAGAUUUUGAGGCAGAAAAUGCAGCAGAGAAUGCAUCGGACACAGAAGUCAAAUCUGAGAAAGGAAAAUUCAAGGAGGAUAAAGAUUACGUUAAGAAGAUGUUCGACGAAUACCAGACAAAUGCACAAGUAAUGAAAGCAGCCAGCGAAAGCCCCAAAAGGUCCACAAAGAGUGAUGCCGGAAAUAAUUAUAAAAGUGCAUCGAGAGUGUCGCAACUGCCGAAACCAGAAGAGGAUAUCUUGCUUAAAGAGCUCAUUCGCAACCAAUUCUGCUCACAGUGCAAUAUUGCCGUGGAUGAUGUGUUUGAGCACAAGGACUAUCAUAUUGCGCUAGAGCUUUCGCUGAAAUUGAACGGCACAGAGCAGAGUGAAGUAAAAUCACCGAAAACGCAAGAGAAGAAGGAAAAAGUCAAGAAGAGAAAGAAAUUGGCGAAAGGUCAGACCCAGUUGCCAUUUUGA